GCUCUGCACUGCCGUUGGAAUGAUUGUCGCCCAUGUGGUAAAUCCCGAGCGCUCUCAUGGCAACAGUAAUGGCGUGGAUAAUUCAAGAUCCAAAGAACACGUAGAAAAAGGACAAAUUAUCGACCUAAUCUUAGAUUUACUCAGAAACGGUAUACCAAAGAAUAUUUUUCGAGCUACUUUGAUGCAGGAAGUAACAGUAUUCAGGAAAUCCAAUGAACACUUUGACGUGAAUAACACAGCUUCAACCAAUCUAACCGUUGAUGAUCUAACCAAUGAUACAUACAGUAAAGAAGUUAUUUACGUCCAUGGGGCAAAUUUUAUAGGCAAGUCUUUAGUUGCAUGA